AUGCUCCCACAAGUCCUCCGGCGAACGUUCUCGACGACCCCGCGGCGUCUCGUGGGGCCCGAGUCGCCCCAGUUCAUCGAAGUCCCUCGCGCCCACCUCCCCAGAGUCGUCAUCCCGUUCAGACCCAAAGGAAUCCUCCCGGUGCCACGAACCAUCUUCCCCGAGACCCGGCCGGACAAGGGCACGGCCGCAUACCUGAAAAAGACGAUCCCGAAGCCGCGGACGACUCGCGCCACGCCGUCGGAUUCUGAGACGCGGGCGUUCCAGGAGUGGCAGGCGGCUAUGGCCACGAAGCGCAGGAGUAAUCUGCGCGAGGGAUUGCACGAGAUUAAGGAGAGGAAGGAGCACUACGAGGAGAAGCGCGCGACCGCUUUCAAGGCCAGGAGUGUGCUGCGCGAUCAGGCGCUGGAGAAGGCGCUCAGGAACGAUGUUAGGCUCACCCUGCCGAGUGUGCUUAGCACGACCAGACUGCAGGAGAAGGGAUUGCCAGAUCCGAGGAGGGAGGAGAGGCUGAGGGAGAUGAGCGCGAGGAGGAAGCAAAUUUUGAAGGAGCGGAGCGCGGAGCGGCAAAGCAUGGUACAUGAAUUGUACAUGAGCGCCGGCGAUUUCAUCCUCACCGAAGCACAGCUGGAUAAAGCUAUCGAUGAGAAGUUCAAGGAUAUGGAUCUGAAGAUAGGUUCUCCAGCUACGAGGCCGCCGACGGUCAGGGAGAUGCUGGUGCAGAAGGAUAGAAUCAGCAAGGGAGAGGGAUUGAAUAUCGACGAUAGCGACAAUGUGAUCCUGGAGGUGGGAGGUGCAUUGACGGGUGGACGGAUGCCAGUCAGCGCAACGUACUUGGGCAACCGGAUUGGAUAG